AUGUCACUUUCAUACGAAAGUCGAACGUUCCCCGAUUACCCACAGUCUGCGCUAAUGCAUGAUUCACAUCAAGAGCAAGACGACCAUAGUAUGCAACAUCAUCGAUAUCCAAGCCCUCCUCCUCCGAUGAGCGACACCACGUAUAUUUCCCAGGGAAUAGAUGCCACCGAGGGCCUUACAUUGGAUGAGAUGCCAGAAUUACCGCCAAAGGAGGAUUCGGAUGCGCCAAGUCCUGGAAGAUCCAAACCUAUACCAAAGCCAGAUCGGGAAGUGACCAAAGGAGACGAUGGGCGUUUUGUUUGCACUUGGGUUGGAUGCACAGAGGAUGUGCGCGCUUUCAAUAGGAAGUGCGAGUGGUCAAAGCACAUGGACAAGCAUGAUCGGCCGUAUAAAUGCCCCUCGGAAGGAUGCGAAAAGCUGCCCGGCUUCACAUACUCGGGAGGAUUGUUGCGUCAUCAGCGAGAAGUACAUAAUCUUCAUGGUGGCCCUCGAAAGCAACUCAACUGUCCGCAUCCAAAUUGCAAGAGAUUCUCAGGGAAAGGAUUCUCCCGCCAGGAGAAUCUGAAUGAGCAUCUACGCCGUGUACACACAGAUGCAGCAGAAAUACUGGCGGCCGCCCUGGAGAGUGAUGAGGACAGCAGCGAGGUGGCGGGAAUGAAGAGAAAGCGCCCCCGAGAUGAUGGGGUUGAUCUUCGAAUCGAAAUGAAGAGACUCCGAAAGGAGAACGAGGAAUUAAAGAGGCAGGCACAAUUGCAAACCUCUCAGACAAAUGAGUUGAUGAGGCAGUUACAGAAUCUACAGAACUUGGUCGGCACAAGAAUACAGCAAGUAGCAGCGCAUGCAGCGCAACAAGCACCACAAGCAACAAUGAUGUAA